GGCCACGCCGAGGCCGCAAGGGCGCAACCGCAUUUCAAAACUUGAAACGAGGGAGACGAAGUGAGAGAGAGAUGGAGAGGGCGGUGCCGGUGCGGAAGACGCACGCCUCGACGGCCGGCCUGCUCAGCUGGUCGGAGUCGCCGGGCCCCGACAAUGCCGCGGCGGCGGCGGGCGCCGCCGCGCCGCCUUCCUCGCGGCCCAGCCUCAAGCCGGCCGGUGGGAUCACGCCGGCGAUGUUCGGAGCGCCGGUGACCGACCUGGAGGCCGAGGAUCUGACCAAGAGGAAAAUGUGCUCGGGCUCAAAGAUGAAGGAAAUGACCGGGAGUGGAAUAUUUUCUGCACAGGGUGCAAAUGGAGAUUCUGAAACUGGCUCCGGUGACUCUAAUCCUCCCAGCAAGACAUCAUUAAGGAUGUAUCAGCAAACUGUAACUGGCAUAAGUCAGAUAUCAUUUAGUGCUGAGGGGAGCGUGUCUCCGAAGAAGCCUUCCUCAUUGCCUGAGGUGGCGAAGCAGCGAGAGUUGAGUGGUACACUGGAGAGUGAAGCUGAUGCUAAAUUGAAGAAGCAGAACUCGGAAGCAAAAAGCAAGGAGCUCAGCGGGAGUGAUAUAUUUGGCCCACCUCCUGAGAUUCCUUCUAGACCCUUAGCUGCUCGUAACCUGGAGCUGCAGGGAAAUUUAGAUUUUGCGCUUCCACAACCAAGAAGCAUUCACACUUCAGUUAAAGUAUCCAAUCCUGCCGGAGGUCCGAGCAAUAUCAUGUUUGGGGAGGAGCCGGCGGUCAAGACCGCCAAGAAAAUCCAUAACCAGAAGUUCCAUGAGUUGACGGGCAACAACAUCUUCAAGGAAGAAGCUCCCCCAGGCUCGGCCGAGAAGUCCCUGAGCACGGCGAAGCUCAAGGAGAUGAGUGGCAGCAACAUCUUCGCCGAUGGGAAGGUGGCCUCCCGGGACUACUUCGGAGGCGUCAGGAAGCCUCCUGGCGGCGGGAGCAGCAUCGCGCUGGUCUGACGACUCGCCGGAAGAGUUCUGAAUAUGUAGUUUGUGGCCAGUCUGUGUUUGUUGGCUGUUGUUUAUCCAUCAUUCGAGCGAGAUUUGUUAGUUGUUGCAUACUCACCUAAAGGGCUGGUCAUUGUUCAUCUCCGAACUUCAAAUACCAUUCACUUCUCAUCA